AUGGCGGCGGCCACCAGCGGCCCCAAGGAGCUCCCCCGGCGCCGCAGCGCCAGCCAGAUCUGUCCCCCGCCGCGGCGGCCCAGGACCCUGGCCGAAGUGCAGCCGGGCAGCGAGAACGAGCGGCUGGGGGUGGCCCGAGACAGCAUGGUGCAGAACCCGCUCAUAGCCAAGGCAGAACUAGGAAAACCUCGGAGAAGCUGCUACACUCUUCCAGGCUAUGACUUUGCAUAUGGGUUAUACCUUCAUGGGGCUGACGGAGGAGUACCUGAAGCGAUAGGCCACUGGCAUUCAAUGAAACCCAGGCCCCCUUCCCCAAGGGAGAUGCCUCGGAAUUACAUUGCCAUGAACCGUGAGGCUCUUAAGGCUGGUUAUGUCACAGCACAUGAAUACAACCUGUACCGCCAGCUCAAGGACAUCCGCUGCAAAGAAGAUAACGACAGUCGUUUUAAGAGAGCCCCCCCAAAAGUACCUCCAGAUAUGACCUACGGAAUUCUAGCACGGCCUUCCACUCCCUUCUUCGACCUUCUCCAGCACAGGUACAAGGAGGUGUGGAUGGAGCAACAGAGGGCAGUAGCCAUGGCCCAGCAAGUGGGGAAAAAAAAGUUGCAGAAAAGGAAAGUCUAUGAAACUCGGACCACGCUUCUCAGAAAACAACAACCGCCUGUGAAAUUGGAUUCCCUUUGGCACAUGCCCCACUUUCAGAAGGUUGGUCCUCAUCUCAGUACCUUUCCAGACCGUGACGCUCAUAAAAAGGCAUUCAGUGUCUACCACUCAGAAAUACCUGUGAGAUGUGGUCCCCUUGCCCAGGGCAUAUAUACAGCCGCCUGA